AUGGAGGUUGUUCAACCAGGUUCAGAACAGUAUAAUCCAAGUUUCGAAGAAUUUGAUUCCGGGAUUGAUAUUUUAGUGUCUCCUAGAAAGUACAUAGUUUGGAGUACUCGAAUGAAUACUCAUAUCUUGCCAGAAUUUGUGAUCAGCUUCAGAUUUCCAUCUAAUCUUAAAAGUAAGGAAAUGGGUAACAUAUAUGGCAUGUUUGGUAUACUAGAAAGGACUGCGUAUCGUAAUGUACUGCAACUUUGUACUUGCAGAAAAUCAAAGGAUUCAGCCUCAUCUAAUUUCUUGCUUCUUGCAUUAAUGAAAGUUUUUUAA